AUGAGUAUCGCUGAAUUCGCUUACAAGGAAAAGCCAGAAACUUUGGUUCUGUUCGAUGUUGAUGGUACCUUGACCCCAGCCAGAUUGACUGUUUCUGAAGAAGUUAGAAAAACUUUGGCCAAAUUGAGAAACAAGUGUUGUAUUGGUUUUGUCGGUGGUUCUGACUUGAGCAAGCAGUUAGAACAAUUAGGCCCAAACGUCUUAGAUGAGUUUGACUAUUCAUUUUCUGAAAAUGGUUUGACUGCCUACAGAUUGGGUAAGGAAUUAGCUUCUCAAUCCUUCAUCAACUGGCUCGGUGAAGAAAAAUACAAUAAGUUGGCCGUUUUCAUUUUGAGAUAUCUAUCCGAAAUUGAUUUGCCAAAGAGAAGGGGUACUUUCUUGGAAUUUAGAAAUGGUAUGAUCAAUGUUUCUCCAAUCGGUAGAAACGCUUCUACUGAAGAAAGAAAUGAAUUUGAAAGGUACGACAAAGAACACCAAGUCAGAGCUAAGUUUGUUGAAGCUUUGAAAAAGGAAUUUCCAGACUACGGUUUAACUUUCUCCAUUGGUGGUCAAAUCUCCUUCGAUGUUUUCCCCGCUGGUUGGGAUAAGACCUACUGUUUGCAACACGUCGAAAAAGACGGUUUCAAAGAGAUUCAUUUCUUCGGUGACAAGACCAUGGUUGGCGGUAACGAUUACGAAAUUUUUGUUGACGAAAGAACAAUCGGACAUUCAGUGCAAUCUCCAAAUGACACUGUCAAAAUUUUAACUGAACUAUUCAGCUUAUAA